GGGCGAUUGCAGGUGGAACAGCAUCAGAUACAUUUUUCAGAUUCAUUCAUCCCAGACGAAGUACUACUGAGCAUGCGCUGUACCUUACUCAUCUUUCGGGAAGAACAUGUGACCUCGUAUACGUCACUAUCGUUGAAACCGGCGAGCUUUUCCACGCGAGAUUUCAUUCAUUCAUCUUUACCCCAAGUUGCGGAUGGGAUGAAGAUGAAAAUUUAACACAACCUUCUACUACUGUUCGUAGUUGUGUAUUAUUUACUUUACUUUUAACAACUAAAAAAAAAUUUUUUUUACAAUACAUUUUAUACUGUUCCUUAAUUAAACGGAAGAAAAAAAUCGUUUUAAUUAUUUUUACCUAAAUCAGACGAUAAAUUUUUUAUGAAGAAAAACAAAAUAUUUUUCCGUCAAGACGCAAAAUAUCACUACAAGCUAUUUUUCGCCUGAAAAAAAUUUAUUUCUUUGAUUUUUACGAUUGAAUUGGGAUUUAUUUACUAAUUAUGCUGAAAGAAAAUUUCAUGUGAUGAGACUUAUAUGAAGAUAAUAUAUAAGCGAUUUAUCAAAAACAUUCUGGAUUUUGGUGACAAAAAAUCAUAAGUUUUCUUUUAAUCAUCAUGGAAAGUGAUUAUAAAGGGAUUUUUUUAAGAAACAUGUGCUUGACAGUUAAAGUGUUCAUUGUCGUAUUGAUGUUUUGGACAAAAUCAGUGUCUUCUAUUUGUUACUUUCCCAUUGAGUUUCAAGGAACAUUUCUUACGCAAACACAAGCCAGUGCCGCUUAUGGUGGACAUACGGUUACAUACAGUGAAAUAACCGUCGAAGUAGACUCCAUACCUCCAUGGGGAAGGUGCCAUAGGAGGAGAGGAAAUAAUGUUAUUUUAAAAGACACCACUGGUGGUGAAGAUUGCAUUAGAUGUUUUCACAUAACACUCAAGUCUCUAAAUGUUAUUCAAAUUCAUACAGAAGGUUUAGCUAGAUGUUAUACAAAUGAAGAAGCAGCUAAAGCAACAUGCCCGGAUGAAAGAGCUGUUAUGGAAAGACGUUUUAAAGAAAUUUUAUUAUUUCGCAAGCACGAGCCGGGUACAAUGAUGACAGUGGAAGAUCUCUUCUGUCCCAUCAGUGGCCGGUUCAGGUUCACGUACUCGGCCAACUUUGGCGAGUUCCAGUGCGAACAACCUUAUUCUGAGUUGAGCAAUUGCCCCAAUGGAAAUGGACUUAAUGCAAAGUUUAGACAAUGCAACUUUCCAGAUAUGAGCAUCUCUUUUCUGUGUCUAGGAGAUUGGGCUGGUAAGAAUGGAGACCGAUACAUUGCCCUAAUGGAUUUACGAGACGAACCACAGGCUCGUCCUAAAUAUAGAUGUGGGCUCUAUCGUAGAGACACUGUAACUGGAAGAGUAUAUGUCUCCUUAGCAUCGGACUCCACUUGCAUGAAUCAAUUGACAUCUUCAAUGUCAGGCUAUGAGUCCUUGGUCCUUAAUCCAUUACCAGAUCGAAGUCUUCCGGCUCAAGUGGAGAGUGCACGAUGUCGUUUCCCAGAAUGGUCUCAAGGACAAUGGGAACAUCUAGUCAUAAACGGCAACUCUUUCCAAUUUAAAGAUCAAAUAAUGUUCCAGACUCUUUCUGGCCAUUGUAUUUUACGGGAGAACACGACUCCCACAGACAGAUUUAUCGUCUACACAGUAACGCAAUGUGGUGAAGAAAGUUACAACUGCAUUUGGCUACAAAGAAGAACACCAAAUGUUAUGGAGUUCCAAUUAGGUGUUGAGCCAAGUAAUCAAUAUUCUGAAGACCUUUGUCAUGACCGGCAAUUCCCAUCUGAAGCAUGGAUUACAGAAGGAAGGUUGAUCAAAUUGCAGAUGUCUCCGUGUCCGAUAAUGGGUGAUUAUACCGGAGAAGUACCGGGAACUCAUGGAUUAUGCGCUAAAGUAUCGUCUGAUUGCAACAAUCCUGAUAUUAUGUUCUACACUGUUAGCAAUUGUGAAGAAAGAGGCCAUGUAUAUGAAGAAAGAGAAUAUAGAUGUCUGGGAAGUUGGGAAGAAGACGGAAUCCUAUUCACUUACACUCAAAGAAGAGACAUGGAUGGAUUUCAGUGCUUUUCUGGGAAAGUGUUGAGAAAUGGCGAAGAGGCUUUUAUCAAGGAAGCUGGAGAUAGUUGCAUCCGAGGGGAAGAUCCUCUUAUUUAUGGAAUGAAAAUAGCUAAGCAAUCAUCAUGCCCUCAACUUGCUCCAGCUAAUUUUGUUCCAAUGAGGCCUCCAUGGAAACCUAUGACGUAUGCUCCUCCAUCUUUACCUACCAGAGUGCCUAUACCACCCAUACACCCUGCACAGCAACCUAGGGAUCCUUACUGGUAUAACACUGCAACAGAAGCACCUACAACCAAACCUUGGAAACCUAUUACAGGUCGUCCACGUCCUGAUCCUGCAAGUGCAUCAACUAGAUCACUUCUAAAUAAUGUUCUACCUCUAACAACACUCUUCCUGCUGUUGAUUUUUGUUCGGUGGCACCGAUAAAAUUUUAUUCCUAAAAACAAUUUAUAUUCAUACAAAGCGAUUGUGAUUUAGCUGGACUAAAGACAAACCGCCUUUUCCUACUUUAAGAUGGUUAAACGUGAACAGUUUGAUUUAACGUUACUGUGACUAAUUUUCUUUUUUUUUAAAAAAAAAAUUCAGCAGCUGACCACGGGUGAGAAUAAAUUGGCGAGAUGAUUCUUCUAACACAGAAUAUUUGUGAAAGAGUGAUUUGCAAACUUAUUAUUUGCUUAAAAAAAGAAGAAGGAAAAAAAAAAGGGAAAAUGUUAAGUUA